GUUGAGGGAACAACUAACAGACGGUGGUGCUGCUGGUGUUCACGGCCUAUAUUCGUCCAAAAUGUUGGGCAAUAUCUUGCCGAAAGGAAAAGCCUUUGCGCGCCUACCCGGGAAACGGCCAUCUACAGAUGUGAGGAGCGCGUCUAGUGAGAAUGAUGGCGACUCGCUACCUUGGUAUGCACGGCAGCAACAUAUGUGGUCGCCUGUGAUAUUACGCUCCGUGCCUCUGGCUGUGUUUGUGGUGCUAUUCAUAUGCUUUAUUAUUGUUAUCGAGGUGUUGUAUUCGGUAUCUACUCGGAAGGAAGGCUUGAGCACGAGCGAGGAAAGAUAUCAUUAUCUGUGGACCUAUGGCCCGACCGCAGUUCUUACAAUUGUCGCGGGGUUCUGGGGCCAGGUCGAAUAUCGAACGAAGCAGCUUAUGCCUUGGAAGCUCAUGAGUCACGAGCCAGAACCUGCAACACGAUCCUUGCUGCUGGACUAUGUGUCUGACUGGAACGUGGUCAUCCUAUUUCGCGCCCUGAAGCAAUCCUCCUGGGCUGUUGUCCUUGCCGUUCUCGGAACACUGCUCAUCAAGCUAAUCACCGUGGUCUCGACUGGUCUGUUCAUGUUACAAAAUGUCUACAUGAAGGAUGUUCCAACAACACUCACGACGCAAGCGAGCUUUAACGGUGCUGGGUAUAAUGGUUCCAAGGUCGAUGGAACGGCUGCAAUGGUUGUAGCUGGGGCUUGGUGGCUUAACCUGUCAUACCCGUUGGGAUCAACCGAUAAAUACGCCUUUCAACCGUUCACAACCUCUGGCAAGAAACUCGCUACGGUCGCGAAUUGGACUUCGGGUUGUAGCACACAAAUGUGCGAGUACGAUGAACUCAAUAUGACGCUCAGCACCCCUUCCUGCUCGAAGUACCCGUUCACAAGCUUUGAAAGAAGCUCCUCUUCGGUUGGGGGAUACUAUGCCGACGUAUUCAGCGCCACAUGUACGGAUACGGCGGAUAGUCGGAAUGGCGAACGCCUAAUCUUCGCUGCCGCCCACUGGUCUGAGAACAUCACCAGAGUUCAAGCGCUCGUUUGCAGUCCUACCUACACAAUAUCGCAAGGAUCCGUCUCGCUGCUCUACGGCAAUCAGAGUGUGAUUAGCAUCCAACCAUACAAUAAUGAUUCUAGCAACAAAACAAUCACAGGGUUCGAGGGUAUGGAGUUGGGAACAGGACUUAUUUCCUCCCUAUCGUUGGCUGAGAACACCUUGGAUACGCUGAACUACGUGGAUACGUCAACGCAUGCCCUUACAACCUAUCAAUACAACCUUUCGGACCCAAACAGCACCUAUCCGAGUGCAUUUUACUUGGUCGCUAAUUUGACCUCUCCCCAUACGAUGAAAGACUUGCUUGAUGCUUCAAUCUUGGAAAAGGUUUCCCGUCCGACAUUCAGUGCUAUGGCUGCCCAGAUAGCAAAGCAAUAUUUACUGUCUUCUGCAGACGAGAACCUUGCAGGGACAUACUCCGCCCAUACCCAGAGAGUUGUUGUCAGGGAACUCUCAGUCCGAAUAAUGGAAGCUACCCUAGGAGUCUUGAUUAUCCUGACCGCAGCGCUAUGGAUCUGGAGACCGGUUCGCUGCACGUCGCGUGAUCCUGGCACAAUUGCUGGGCUAGCAAGCAUGAUGAGCCGCAGCCCGAAAGUGUCCGAACGGCUCACAGGCUGCACAAACGCCCAAGAUCUCACCACAAGCCUAUCAGAUGGGAGGUUCUACACCCGUGUCACAGACAGCGAUGGCUGGAAAACAUUUGGCAUCGAGGAAGACCAGAAGGCAACCGAAGCGACUCGUCCUGGAGCCAGCUCUGGCCCUCUGACCUGGUGGCGGCCAAUUUCAGUGAAUGUCUGGUGGUGGAUCAUAUCUAUAGUACUCCCCCUUCUCAUUAUUGCGGGGUUAGAAGCAUCCUAUCAGGUUUCCGCCCGUCAGGAUGGACUCGGAACUGUCACCUCUGGUGGCUACAUCCACUAUGUCUGGGCCUAUUUGCCGGCACUGAUAUUCCUUAUCGUCCGCAUCUUCUUCGACUGCAUCCACUUCUCUGCCAUGGUAUUCCAGCCGUACCUGGAGCUCCGACAGGGUGGCGUGACCGCACCGGGCAGUCUUAUGGAAAACCACCUGUCUAAGCUGACCUUGUUCUCAUUCUUUACCGCAAUCAAGCGCAGACAGUGGGCCGUGUGCGCAACAGGAUUUACCGUCCUUCUAGCUCCUGCGCUCACAGUGGCGGUCAGUGGGCUGUAUUCAACACAGGACAUUGUAUACACGCGUUCUGCUUCAAUUGCACGAACUGACACCUUCAACACCACCAUCAGCCCUCUUUCUUCCACCACCACUGACCCCGGUCUCGGCCUCACAGGAGCCCUUGUAGUGGGAGCUAAUUUAUCAUACCCCGCUUGGACGUAUGACGAGCUCGUCCUCCCUACGCUCAGCGAGGCAUCCCUCACCGAUAAAGACGGGGUGGUUCAAACCAAUUCCUCCUCUUUUAAUAGCACCUCCGACAGUCCGAUCCUCCUUAACGUCACCCUCCCAGCUCUCCGUGCCAACCUCACCUGCGAAGCACUCCCCCAAGACAUUGUUUAUUACAUCAGGUCUGCCGAGGAUUCCUUUUCCAUGUUCGAUCUGCGCAUGCAGCUCGACAAGAAAUGCCAAGGUGUCGACACCUCCACAGACUUCACCAUAUCAACCGACUAUCCCAACGCAACACGCACUACAUUCGGUGCCUUCAAAUACCUCAAAGAUGCAAUCGAUUUUGGCGACUGCCCGGCACUGAUGGGAUUCUACGGUGUAAUAGAUGGCAAUUCCACAGCACAGAUCCGCGGCUUCACCUGCAACCCGCAAAUCGACGAAGUCGAUGCGACAACCUCGUUGUCACUCCCCGGUCUGGACAUCCAGUCUGCGACCGCGGACGACUCCACCAGCCGAGUCUUUUCAACAAACAUCUCCACCACCCUCAAAUUCGAAAGCUUCCUUUCCCAGCCUGUCAACAAGCAAGACCAAGCGUUUGACGCCUUUUUCUCCGCCAUGCUCAAUGACCAAAAAUCCCUCUCCUUAUCCGACAUCACUGACCCAUCCCAUUAUUCCACUGUCAUCAACGCAACACAACAUCUCUACCGCACCCUGAUGGCCCAGUCUAUGAAUGGCAACGCACGAAUCCCAUCCAGUGACAACCGAACUACCUUCCCUGGCACAAUCGUAGACCCGAAUCGUACCCGUCUUACACAAAGCGCCAUAUCUACCCGCAUCCUUGAAGCUUUUCUCGCUGCUAUGGUCGUGUCCACCCUAGUCGCAUCCUACUUCAUGCAAACCAAAGAAGUCCUUCCUUUCAACCCGUGCAGUAUUGCUGGCGCGGGGGCACUGAUCGCUGGAUCGGACGUGCUGAAGAGUGAUACCUUACCUGCUGGGUCAGAAUGGUGUAAUGAUAGAGAAAUGCUUCGAAGGGGGUAUUUCUCCGGCUUGGUAUUCGGGUUAGGUUGGUGGGCUGGAGACGACCCGAGAUUUGGGAUCGAUGUUGGGCGGGCAACAGAGGAGAGGGAGUAG